AUGUCAAAUAAAAAGUAAUUCACUGGUGGGAAAACAUCGAGAUCAAAUAGCAAACAAUCUGCUAGCAAUCCAAUGACAGUGAGGAAGCGAUUUUCGUCUUUGUGUUCACCGCCCAACAACUAGAAAUCCACUCCUUGUGUGUUUUGUUAAAAGUUCAAAAACUGCAAAGAAGAAUCAUAUGCUCCACUUUUAAAUAAAGCGUUAUUUGCUAAAUACUCAUCUUCAUAAAACUAUUAUUAUUCAAAGGACAUCAACGACAUUAUAGAAGAGGAGUCAACUCCUGCAGUUGUAUUCUACAGAGAUUUAGAAAGUAUGAUAGAAGAGGAGGAGUAUUUGAAAAGAUCAUAUGUAAAAAAAGAGGCAAUACAAAAAGUAAAGGCAUUGUAGGAGUACUAUAAGUAUCACAAGGAUAUCCCUCGCUUAUUCAUGCAAAAUGUCUAUUUAACCAUAAAUAAGUUCCAUGAAAAAAAGCGGAGAUUAGAAUAUGCGAAUAUUAAGAGGAAGUUGAACAUUCCAGAUGAGGAUGUAUAACCAUCCAAAAAGAAAGAGAAAAAGAAAUAAAAGCAUAGUGAUGAGGAUCUAACAAUAGGAUAGUUGAAAUAUCUAUUGAAAGAUUUAAAAUUGGACACUAAUUCUUAUCUCCAGAAAAAAGUGGACAUUUCUAGUAGUGUCUAAUUGAGAGAAUUCAUUUAGUAAGUCGGCUAAAAGUACGAUUGUCUUGGAUAAAUCUCAGGAUUAUUGUCCAUUGAUUAAAGCAAUAGUUUUCUCCUUAGAUCAUAGGAUCUCUCGACAAUCACUAAAAAUUUAAAGUCUAACUAUAUGACUAAUCUUAAACCAAAAGUUAACAAAAGUUCUUAAUUGCAGAAUUUCGAUUCAAAAACCACCCAUCAAGUCAGUUGUUAAGGCAGUUUUGAUAAAAUCAAUAUCAACCGUUUGCAGUUCAACCAGGGAGAGGUCUCUUCCUUAAAGGCUGAGAAUUCUCUAAAAGCUGGCGAAUAGACUAAAAGAUCGAAUUAAGAACAAUCUCCCUAAAGAAGUUCAUAAUAAUCGCAAUUAAUGUAAAAAGUGUAUUCGCAAAUUGAGGGAUUUGCCAACUUUGUUUAAUAAUAGCAAAAUAUGCAAAAGCAAUAAAAAGCUAAUAAUGCUUAGAAAUCGAACUCUCAAAGAAAAGUGAGUAGCAAUUUUAAUACAACUGAAUGUUAAUUCAGAUUACCAAGUAGAUAAAAUUCAACAUAAAAGUAAACAGCUGAUUUGUUAUCUUAUUAAGUGAAUUUCUUAACCAGAGUUGCCUCAUAACUUUAAAAAUACGAAGAUGAUAAUAAAAGUAAACAACCUUUGGCCACUGAUAGAGUCUAGAGACAGAGUGUAUAUACCAUAGGGGAAUAGACUUUGUAGAAGACAGCAUCUAAAAAUAUAUAAAAAUUACCAUAAAAGUUCACUUAGUACGCUUUGUCGACUUUAAGGGGAUUGCAGGUCAAAAAUUCUGAUCAAAAAAAGAAAUCCACCUUGAUUUCUAAUAAUAAUUUGUAAGCUCCCAUUCUUAAUGCACAAUUAAUGCAUUACAGGACUAAAUCUCAAGAUAAUGUAGGGAAUUAUAAAGGGUCUCCUCCGAAAUAGCCUCAAAAACACGAUAAUUCAAAGGAUCCAUUAAGAAUAACCAACAAUAUUUGCGUGUAAGGUUCUUCAAAGAAGGGAGGUGGUGUAUACAAUAUUAACUAAAACAAUAUAGUUAAUAUUUAUAUUGAGGAUCUGAAAUCAUCUACAAAGUUAAAAUAGGGAGGCUCUUAAACUGCUCGAAUCAGUAGUCCCUUGAAAAGUAAUCCCAAAGGAAUCUUCGAAGUUUACAACACACAAAGAUCAAAUUUAAGUCCUGUAAGUAAAAAAAUGGCUUGA